AUGCGAAGGUCAGCUAUCUGCCUCUUCCGGCAAUCCCUGAAAUGUGGCCAGAUCAAUCUCAUUCAGAUCCAGAAUGGGACUUUCUACAAAGAACAUCCAUCGGUCGAUCGUCAUGACUCAUCCUCAAACCCACCUCUGUUCCCGAACCUGACAUUCGAGCUGCCUGCGACGGUCCAAGACAAAGCUCGCCCUGUUGAGAGGACAAACGAGCAUUGGGCCGUCAUCAGUGCAUCGGACGGCGCAACAUUUCUCGAGAUACUACGGGGUUCACACAUCUGUUUGCCGCCUAACGCGAGGUCGUACCCUUACUUGGCCUCUGCCUACAUCGAUGACCAGAAGGACCACCGACUUCGUGUCCCUUCACGCGCGAUUCAGUAUGUGGGCUUCAACAGCGCAAAAGGACAAGUGGCUGGGGGAUCAGGAGGGGUAAGAGGCGCAUACCUCAGUGCUCGCUAUGAGAGUCGACGGGAGGAAACAGAUUGGACCGUCCUGCAAUAUCUCAAGGGCGACACAGAGCUCAAUCCUGGACAAAAAGCCCCAGAUGGUGGCGUUGACAGCCAUCUCCUUGACAAAGUCAUCUCGGAUCUUCGUUUGGGGAAGUUGACAAACAUGCCAGUGAGCAACCUCAGCAAUGGACAAACAAGACGCGCGAGGAUUGCCAAGGCAUUACUGGGGAGACCACUCCUUCUCCUGCUCGAUGAACCGUUCAUGGGCCUUGAUCCUCCUACGUUGGUGACCCUGUCACCUAUGUUGAAGAGGCUGGCAUAUCAGUCGACACCGCUUUUGAUGCUCGGGCUACGUCCUCAGGACCCAAUCCCGGAUUGGAUAACCCAUCUGGUCGUGCUUGGCCAUAACCAUACCGUGGCAUUGAUGGGUGAAAAAACCAAAGUGCUGUGGGACAUACGUAGGUGGGUGAAUCUGGUCUCUGCAACGGAUGUUUCAGCUGCGGACCAAAAGGUUGUCGAUCGAAUCACGAGGGACUAUGGCCUUCCGUUGACUGGCGUCACCGGCGAUGUGUUGAGCGAGACAGGUAUAUCAAGACAUCCAGAAAUGCUUGAGGAUCCCAGCCCUGCUCUGGACGCCCAAAAGGAAACUGGACGUUCUCUCGAGCGCGAUAUGGAGACAGAGAAACAUGGCCGACAAAGUCUCAGCAAGUUACUCCAACGUGCCAUUGCCGCAGCUCCCACCCCGUCCUCUACACCUACCCCGGAACCCAGUGGAUCGUCUCACCAGUCAGGAGAGUCCUCGUCAUCUUUGGGGGGCGACAGGGACAGACAACUGGGUGACCCUCUGAUCGAACUCACUUCUAUCGUUGUCCAGUACGGCUCUAAAACCGUUCUCGGCCAUCCUCCCCCACAGCCAGGUCACAGCACUCCGGGUUUGAACAUGACAAUCUACGCCGGCACACGUCUCGCGCUCCUCGGCCCCAACGGCUCCGGGAAAACCACGCUCCUCUCACUCCUGACUUCGGACCACCCGCAGUCCUACUCCCUGCCGAUAAAGUUCUUUGGGCGCACAAGAUUACCUGAUCCGGAGCGGGGGGUUUCCGGGUUGAGUCUGUGGGAGAUCCAGAGUCGUAUAGGACAUUCAUCUCCGGAGAUUCAUCAGUUCUUUCCCAAGCACCUCACCGUGAGGAGAGUGCUGGAGAGUGCAUGGGCAGAGACGUACGCAGGAAAGCCGGAUCUCACCGCGGAACGAAACGCCUUGGUGGAACGUUUCCUCAGGUGGUGGGAGCCUGAACUCCGACAAGACGCGGUUGAUGGUGAUGCUUCCGGGUUUAGUAGUGGUUCAGAUCUCAGCUGGGCGACCGACAAACAAGUCCACGCGUUCGGCCAGCUGCCAUUCUCUGCCCAAAGGCUUCUCCUCCUUCUUCGUGCUCUCAUCAAGCAGCCCGAUAUAGUCAUCUUGGACGAAGCCUUCUCAGGUCUAUCUGCAGACACGAGGGACAAGGCCAUGUCGUGGCUCGAGUUUGGCGAGGACAAGGCACCACCGACACCGAAGAGCGCAAUCUCUCCUCGACAACCCCAGGCUGGUGGUGGUAACGUUGCAGAUUCUCCAGCUCAGGCGUCGCAGAAUGUCCGGUUCCCAGGUCUCACGCCCGACCAGGCCCUCGUCGUGGUCAGCCACGUCAAGGAAGAGAUCCCCGACUGUGUCGACGAGUGGCUCCGGCUUCCAGGCGAGGAGGAGGUCUUGGAGAGCGGCCGGGGCGUCGAAGGCGGUCGCACGCCCGAGCGAGCCUGGGUCAAGUCCCAGGAGGGGUGGAUGAAGGUCUGGGGGUUGUAA